AUGGAGGCCUCCUGCCUGGAGCUGGCCCUGGAGGGGGAGCGGCUGUGCAAGGCCGGCGACUUCCAGGCCGGCGUGGGCUUCUUCGAGGCGGCCGUGCAAGUGGGCACCGAGGACCUGAAGACCCUCAGCGCCAUCUACAGCCAGCUGGGCAACGCCUACUUCUACCUGAAGGAAUACUCCCAGGCCCUGGCCUACCACAAGCACGACCUCCUGCUAGCCAGGACCAUCGGUGACCGCAUGGGGGAGGCCAAAGCCAGUGGGAACCUGGGCAACACACUCAAGGCCCUGGGCCGCUUCUCCGAGGCCAUUGUCUGCUGCCAGCGACACCUGGACAUCGCCCAGGAGCAGGGGGACAAGGUCGCGCAGGCCAGAGCGCUCUACAACAUGGGGAAUGUGUACCACGCCAAGGGCAAGCAGUUGUCCUGGAGCGCCGCUCAGGACCCCGGGCACCUGCCGCUGGAUGUGCGGGAGACGCUGAGCAAGGCCUCCGGCUUCUAUGAGAGGAACUUGUCCCUGGUGAAGGAGCUGGGAGACCGGGCAGCCCAGGGCAGGGCCUGCGGCAACCUGGGGAACACUCAUUACCUGCUGGGCGACUUCACGGAGGCUGCCGCCUUCCACAAGGAGCGUCUCGCCAUCGCCAAGGAGUUUGGUGACAAAGUGGCCGAGAGGAGGGCCUACAGCAACCUGGGGAACACCCACAUUUUCCUGGGGCGGUUCCACGUGGCAGCAGAGUAUUACAAGAAGACACUACAGCUGUCCCGUCAGCUGCAGGACCAGGCAGUGGAAGCGCAGGCGUGCUACAGCUUGGGCAACACCUAUACGCUGCUGCAAGACCACGCGAGGGCCGCCGAGUUCCACCUGCGCCACCUGCUCAUCGCCCAGGAGCUGGCCGACAGAGUGGGCGAGGGCCGAGCAUGCUGGAGCCUGGGGAACGCCUACGUGUCCAUGGGGAGCCCUGCACAAGCCCUGACCUUUGUCAAGAAGCACCUGGAAAUCUCCCAGGAGAUCGGGGACCGAAAUGGAGAGCUCACGGCCUGCAUGAACGUGGCGCAGCUGCAGCUCAUCCUGGGCCAGCUGGGCAGCCCGGCCAAUGCCGCCGACACAGCUGAGAAGCCAGACCUGGCUGGCUACGAGGCCCAAGGGGCCAGGCCCAAGAGGACACAGAGGCUGAGUUCGGAGGCCUGGGACCUGCUGAGGCCCCCCCUGGAGCAGGAGCAGAAUGGAGACAGCCACCAGGUGGGGGACUGGCGGGGGCCAGGUUGGGACUCGCUCCCCCGGCCGGAAAGGAGCAGGAGGUGCCCCGAGAGAUUGGAUGCUGCAGAGUGGAGGGCCCAGGAGGGCAGCCUCUCUCCGCUGGACAGCGCAGAUGUCCGGGUGCAGGUGCCUCGUGUGAGCCUCCCCAGGGUCCCAUCUUCCGACGAGGAGUGCUUCUUCGACCUGCUCAGCAAGGCUCAGAGCAGCCGCAUGGACGACCAGCGCUGCCCACUGGAGGGGGACCCGGGCCGUGACGCCCCCACAGUGGAGGGCGGUGUCGCGCCGUCCUCCCUGACGGCCUCCCCGCAGACGGAGGAGCUGUUUGACCUCAUUGCCAGCUCGCAGAGCCGCCGGCUGGAUGACCAGCGGGCCAGUGUGGGCAGCCUGCCCGGGCUGCGUAUCACCCACAACAACCUGGGCCGCCUGCGUGGGGAAGGUGACCCCUCGGAGCCUGGAGAUGACUUCUUUAACAUGCUCGUCAAAUGCCAGUCCUCCAGGAUCGAUGACCAGCGCUGCCUGCCGCCCCCUGUGCUGCCCCGAGGCCCCACCAUGCCUGACGAGGACUUCUUCAGCCUCAUCCAGCGGGUGCAGGCCAAGCGCAUGGACGAGCAGCGGGUGGACCUUGCUGCCAGCCCUGAGCAGGAGCCCGCCAGGCUGCAGCAGGGCCCACCCCAGCCAAGCCCACUCGGCCGACCCUGAACUCCCAAGGGCUCUCCUUCCCCCAAUGCUGAUGCCCAAACUCAGUCCCUGAGAAGCCAGCUUCCCCUGCAGCCGAGGCCAGGGCUGCUGAGUGGGGACAGGCACACCCAAAGGGCUCCAGCCCCGAACUGUUUCCCCCAGGAAGGCCCACCCACCUCCCCUGCCGGGCCCAGCAUGCCAGGCCCCCUGCUCUGGUGCUGGCCACCCCCUGCCCCGCAGGUCACCUGGGAAAUGUCAAGGCCACACUGCUGCCCCUGGUACCAGGCGUGGGGGUGUGUGUGGGGAGGCAGCUGCUUCCAGCAGUGGAGCUGAGGAUCCAGCAGCGGGGGGUGCAGACCUGACCGUGGUGGGCAGUAAGGGGUGUCACCCAGACUGCCAUGGCCUCUAUGGGCAUGGCCCAGCUGGCGCAUCUAAGUUGGGAGGUGGGUGUAGAAGAGCCCCAGCCCCCAGUCUGACUGGCAGACACUGGUGGCCCUGCAGUGGGCCCAUCCCUGCUCGCAGCCUGGGGACCCCGUGCCUGGAGGGGGCUGAGGGCAGGGUAGGCUGGACAGACACAGACACGUGUCUGUCUGUAUUGCCGCUCAGGUGCCCCGGUAGUGUGUGGUAGUGUGUGUGUGUGGGGGGGUCCCCAACCCAGUAGGUACGUUGUUUUCCCUGAAAAAUAAAAGUCUGUCGACGAAA